GAUUUAAGCCUUUCAAAUGUAACCUAAAACAAAAAUGAAGUUGGUUACUGUUCUUCUAUGGGAAAGUUGGAUAUUUUUCUUGUUAUUGUUAAUAGUGAAGAAUCUAAGGUUCAAGAGAUCAACAAAGGGCAAGGGGUAACUAAUGGUGAGAAAGCUAUUGUUUCUGCCACCGCUUUCAUGGUUAAGGGAAGUGAAGUAAGGAUUGCAUAUUAUGUAGAAAUCCUUGGUCCUACCAUGAAGAAGCUCAAGUUAAGCCAAACACUAAGGGAGAGGCAUGUGCUAACUCUACCAAGUCCUGUGAGGAAUGAGUGUUGGUGGAGGGUUGAUGUAUGUUUGGAGAUGGUAGUAUGGUGUGGUCUGGGGGAGGAGGGUGGGGUUGUGGAAGAAGUUUUCUCCUACUUAAUGUUGCUGGCUCUCCAGUGCUAUUAUGGCAAGUACCACUAAAAUCAUCAUCAAACCCAGAUCUACUUCUCAGUUGAUGUUUCUUAGCAAGAGGUAGCUAGUUCAGGCAAGUUGUUGAAGGAUUUCCUCUGGAUUCACAAUUGUGAGUCCUUGGGCCCAUCUGCUAUCUCUCUUCCUCAUUGGUUGAAGAAUGGAACAAUGGCCAAGCUUUUGGUAAGCUUCUUUGUGGCACUUGUGCCGCUAACAUCCCUUCUGAUGUUUCCUUCCCUGCAUACUCUUUAUGUUGGUGUCUAUCAUUUUGAUUUUAUGUUUUUGUGCUGUUUAUUUUGGUCAUGGUGUGGACUCUGUUUUGCCUUUGGUUUGUAUAAACUUUUUUGUAAGAC